UUAUUGGGUUUCCUCUUUCUGAGUCAACGAUAAAUAUGUAUCUACAUAUACAUAUCGAGAACUUUCUGAACCCGACCCAAUCAAUUUUUGAACCCGACCAGGCUUGAACCCCAAUCAAUGUCUCAACUCGAGCCGGCCGGUUUUAAGCGGGUUGAUCCAUAAUCCGACCCAUCUCUAACCGAUGUCCAAUUUCAGGAUCAACAGGAGGGAGAAGAGUGUACGGGAGCGGUCGUUCUGAAAAGCGGAACUAGAAAUUCGAACGUACUCCUCGGCCAGAAUUGGGACACGUCAGAAUUUAUUUUAAAAAAUGACACAGCCAUCCUGCUCGAAGUCCAUCCUGAUCCGUGUGAAAAUAUCAAACCAUUCGUUACUCUGACCGAGGUUGGACAACUGGUUCGUUCCGGGAUGAAUGGGGCUGGGUUGGGUAUAAUAGCCAUGAGUUUGUGGAGCAGUGACGAAGUUUACGAACGCGAUCCUGCAAAAUAUCCCUCCGGCUGGGUCCCGGCUUCCCUCCUUCGUCGAAUGUUCCUCGAAGCCCCCACUUUCCCCUUGGGCCUCAGAGCGCUUCUCACAACGCCCCGUCAUGUCGCUAUGAAUGUUAUCGUAGCCACGGGAGAGGACGAAGCGCUAAAUAUUGAAUUGACACCGACAUCAUAUUUCAUUACUCAAGUACCCCUUGCCAAGGAAAUCUUGACGCACAGCAAUCACUUCAAAGACCCCGGAUUCCUGUGCAAAGACAGCAUUUCGGAAGGCUCGAGAGGAAGUUCGUCUCUCUUUAGGGAUCGCAGGGUUGAAAAAGUAUUAACCCAAUCGUGGCCCAACAUUGAUGAGGACGACUUUAAAACCGCUUUCAAGGACCAUGUCGGUUAUCCAAACUCGGUUUGCGAACAUUCCGUACCGAAAGAACUGGCUUGGACGUCGUCACACCCAACGGAGACCACCGUGGCGUCUAUAAUCUUUAACCUGAGCAAACGAACGCUUCAAUUAUGCAAAGGUCCCCCGUGCAUGGGAUCUUUUAAUGAGUAUAAAUUUAAUUUCUCUAAAAUUGAUUGAUCGAUUUCCUAUUAGUAUGUGGACAAGAAUCACAUAUUUAUGUAAAUAAGUUAACAGCAACAUAAAAUUUUACAUCGAAGCAUGCAUACCCUAAGGGUAUUACCCUUUAAAGGUUUCGUAAAUAUGUGUUUAUGUGCAUAUGUACGUUCCACGGUACUUGUUUAAUAAAUCAUGGAAAAUGUAUACCUA